ACCCUCACUCCUUCGCUCGCACAAACUCGGUUGUUGCCUGCCAUUCCUUUUGAGCAAUCUUUUGCUCUGUACAUUCUCUUGUCCCCCCACUUGACAGUCACGUUCCUUGCUCGACGUCAACAAUCCCUUGUUUGCGCUCAGGUUAGCCGCAUCUGCUUAUAACUGCUCAAUCGAUACCCUCAAAGUAGCACGUGUGCAAACGCCUGAAAUAACAAACAAGCAACUUUUGUUUUCAACCACCAAAAAAAUACGACAACUACCGAACAUGUCUUCCUCGAUCAAGAUCACCGGCCUUUUGGCUCUGGCUGGCUCUGUAGCCGCCGUCCCUCACUUCCAGCACGAGAAGUUCCACCACCGCGCUGCCUACCCUGUUGGUGGCUGGGGUGCCUCCAACAACACUGCUCCCGCUGGUACUGGCACUGCCAUCUAUGGUGAGCCAACCACCACUAUGGCCACAACUUCGACCUCGACCCAGACCUCGUACACGACCGUCUACGUCAAGCCCUCCCCUUACUCUGGACUUCCACAGGCCAAUGUCGCCGGUGUCUCCACUACUCCCGGCUGCGGUGCUACUGUCACCGUGACUGCCAAGGAGAAGGUCACUGUCACUGUCACUCCCGGAGGUGGUGCUGCUGCUUCCCCCUCCAAGCCUGCUGAGUACGCUGCUCCAUCCAAGCCCGCCGAGUACCCAGCCGAAACUCCCGAGGCUUCCGCUUCAUCCCAGCCUGCCGAGUACCCAGCCGAAACUCCCGAGGCUUCCACUUCAUCCCAGCCUGCCGAGUCUCCAGCGGCUUCACAGCCCGCUGAGACCCCGGCACCAUCCAAGCCUGCUGAGACUCCUGUCUCCAGCGCUUCGGCCACUCCAUCUGCCAGCAGCCCAGCUGGUGGUGUCUUCCCCACUGGCACUCCCGGCCUUGGAAACAUGUACUCUGGCACCAAGCGUGGUCUUGCCUACAACGACGCUGCGCUCUGCUCUACGCUCGGUAGCAGCUACGGCUUCGGCUACAACUGGGGACAGACCGAGAGCAACGAUAUCGGCACUAUGUUCAUCCCCAUGAUGCACAAGCCCAGCGACUCAACCGCCGAGGCAUGGCUCGCAAACGUUGACAAGGCCGUCAAGAAGGGCUCCAAGGCCGUCAUGGGUUUCAACGAGUGCGACAUUGCUGCUCAGUGCAACCUCAGCCCCGAGGCCGCCUGCUCCUCAUGGAAGGAGUACAUGAACCCCGUCAAGGAUGCCUACCCCGACGUCACCAUCAUCGGUCCCUCGGUCAGCAACGGCCAGGCCCCUCUCGGACUCGACUGGCUCUCGCGCUUCCACACCGCUUGCCCCGACGCCAAGGUCGACGCUACCAACAUCCACUUCUACGACGUCUACGACGACCAGACCAUUGACCGCUUCACUGCUCACGUCAAGCAGGCCGCCCAGACCUACGGCCAGAAGGUCUGGAUCACCGAGUUCGGUCUCAACUCUGGAUCCGCCACCGAGGAGCAAGCCGCUAGCUUCCUCAAGGACUGCAUGGCCUUCCUCGAUACCUCAGACGAUGUCCAGGGCUACUCAUGGUUCAUGGUUGGCACCGGCGAGAACCAGCUCAACCUUGGCGAUGGUCUUUCUCCCAUCGGAAAGGUCUACGCUGGUUCUUCUUAAGAGAUUAGGUUUUCUCUCUCUUUUCUUUGUAGAUUAGCCUUUUCUCUUCUUUUUUUUCCUUUUUCUUCUCCUUAUACUUUUUAUUUUCCAACAGAUGUGGGGUGGCUAAGGCGGGGGUGUGUGUGGUGUUCCUGGUGAUGGAUGAGAAUGUAACUCACAAAAAAGGCGUUUGUACAUAUAUCAUGGCGUCGCCUUAUAAACAUGCAUCAUCUUGAUUUUUUCAU